AUGGCGCAUGCUCGACCGACGCCCGGGCGGAGCACGUCGGCCCAUUUGUUCGAAAGCAAGCUCAGCCAGCAAUUGUCGCAACCCGAGACGACGAGUAGUAGUAGUAGCAGCCUACAAAACCACGAGCCAUCCCGAUCGACGCGCUCGCCCAAGUCGCGCUCUUUAUCCGAUGCAUCCAAACCAUCGCUACCUCCUCAGCCAGCGACGGGGGUCUUGACCCGACCGCCCAGCAAGGACGACAGCUCGCUCCCUUCACUACCGGCCACCCCCAGUCGGUCCACCCAACAACCGAAUCUUUCACUGAACCUCCCCUCCAAGACGGCGGCUUCACCUCUCACCAACCGCGCUCCUCUCUCGCCCAAGCUCGAUUCCUCGCAGAUUUAUGGCUCACCCGGCUCGGUUCUCCCACGGCGCUCUCGUGGUCUGGACUUCUCGCGCGCGUGCACCAACCUCCACCACUCGACCCUCGCCGAAUCAUCGCCGGAUUCGUCACCCACUAUUGGAGGCCGUGGUAUGACGAUCCCUCAGCGUCGUGGAUCUCUCAACUCGACUUCGGUCCCACCUUUCUCGACCUCGGGUCCCGCCGACCGCACCGCCAUUUCCAGCUCGGUGUCCAGCGUGAACAUGAUGGAAUCGGACACCAGUAGCAGUGAAGACGACGAGGACAUGAUGGGCGACCGGGACGACAUCAUGCUCAACACACCCCAGGCCACCCGCAUGGCGAGCGGACCGAGUCCCUUCACGACAAACAACAUUCAGAGCCCCGGAACUGAGUGGAUGGGCAGCGGCUAUUCUCAGGCCGCCGCCAGCCUACUGAGCUUCCAACGGGCCCGGUUCCGGAGUAAAGGACGGAGCCGGCACAGUUCGAGCAGCGCUAGUGGGAACAGCUCCAAGCCCAGUCCUGGGCCACAUUCUCCGCCAGUCAUGAAAAGCGUGGAGAACCCGACUGGUAGCUACUUCGGUCCCCGACAAACCGUCCACGGCCGGCGAGAGAGUUUGAGUCUUGGUACUCGUGACCUACGACUAUCGGACCUCAGCGAUGAUGGAGAAAAUCGGGCUCGUGCAGGCAGUCCUACGGCCGUGUCGCAUUCGGAAGGAGGAGGCCCGCUUGGGGUGAUCCGCCGUGCUGUCACUCGGCGAGGAAGUUUACUGCCUAAGACGAAAACUUUUGCGAGGAUACGAGCAGCCCUGAUGGAAGAGGGGCAACCGGUUGAUAGCGAUAUGAAACGCGAAGCAGAAGUGGUUCGACAAGUCCGUGAUACUGAGCCCGAGACCUCGCCUACGCUCGGCACUUUUCCUUCUCUUCAGCCUUCCCUAUCAAUGCAGGAUACUCCCGAGAUGGAGAAUAUCGCCGAGAAGCCCGAUAUGGCUAGUCCACCAAAGAGCACGUUCAGUAAACAGGCCAGCCGGAACUCAGGCGGUGUCGAAUUUUGGAACUCUUUCGAUGGUCGGUACCGCACGCCGCCACCCAGUCGCCAGCCGGGCGCCUCAUCGGUACCGGACGAGGACAUGGCCAUGGCUAUGGACAUGACUCCUUCGACCACGAUCGGGUCCAUCACGGCUGGUUCUCGGGCGCGUUCUCGUUCGUCCACCCCACAUCCUCCCGGGACCGCUGGCAUUGGGGAAAUCAAUCGCAAGCGGCGUCGAGAGGACGACUUCGACCCCAAUCUGUUCAAGCGUCGGGCUGUGUCGCCGAGUGUGAGCGCCCAGAGCAGUCCUGUGUUGACGCAUUCCUCGACCGUCGACCCCGGCCCCAGCAUCUGGGGACCCCCAUCCAAGCUCGGUCCGCCUUUUUCUGAGCGUCCUAGCACGGAGAAUGGGAAUCGAACCGCUCCUCAUGCAGGAACCCCCAAACGGGUCGGCCUGCAGGGGAUGACCGAGGCGAGUGAUGGAUUUAUGAACAUGAGCAUUGACUAA